CUUCAUCUGUUAAACUGGUGAGGUAGAAUCAAAGCACAGAUUGCUGCACGUGGGACAGUGUAAAAUGCGAUGCCAGAGGUUGUAUUACCAAUCUUGAUUUGAGCAAGGAAUGGAUUAUUGAUGGAGUUGAUAAUUCAAGCAGUAUCUUCAAUCUCCAGCAUCUCCUGAGUUAAAUUUGGCAUAUAACAGCUUCGGCUCCAUGUUUCCUUCCAAGUUGAUAACACUUGCAAAUUUGAGGCAUCCUAAUCUCUCAAAUUGGAGAUUUCAAGAAUGGCAAGCUUGGUAACUCUUGAUUUAUCUUUCGAAUUCCUAAUGGUUGGAGGUUCAUUGAAACUUGAGAACCCAAAUCUAGUUAUGCUUGUUUGGAAUCUAAAGGAGCUAAUUCAUCUCUAUCUUGAUGGAAUAAAUAUAUCAGCACAGGGGAAAGAGUGGUGCCAAGCUAAUUUGUCUUCUUCUCUGCUGAACUUGCAGCUUGCUGCCACUAAUUUGCAAGAAGUUCCAGAGAAGAUCUUCCAGGUACUUACACUAAAGACUCAACUUAUUGAUCAACUCAUUUCUUGAAGAAUCAACAACUUUCAUGGGCUAAUUAGUUGCCUAGAUGACAAUUCAUCCCGGCAACUGCUUCAAGUUAUCGAUCUUGCUUCUAAUCAGUUUAAGAGAGGACUGCCUUAUCAUUGGUUAAGAACCUGGAAGGCAAUGGUGGUUGCUCCAGAUGGGCUCAAAGUCCUUGUUUUGGAGGAAAAUGUUUAAUUUGAACUUGAUCAUAACAAUAUGUUAUACCCUAAAAGCAAGUCCUAUAAUAAUUAGGACACGUGUAGACAAUCUAGAAAUAAUCCUAUUAAGGAUAGAAUAAAUCCUGAUAGGAUAAGAAUACCCAAACACCAAUUAAAACAAAAUUGUAUUC